AUGGAGGAGCCAGUUCGUGCCUUGGAGUUUCCAGCUCAGCGAGCGUUGAUGGCUUCAGGGGAGCAGCAUGAUUCCCCCGUGUGCUCUCCAAGCGGAGACGAAUAUCCAUCUCCGUCCGCCACAACUCCAAUUCUACCGGAUUAUGACAAGGUUGAUUCAUUAGAGGGAGAUGAGCUGAGGAGUGUUCGUGACUAUGAAUACCAUUCUUCGGCAUCUUCAACGGGGCAUUCGAGUGAGCGGGAUUUGGAGGAUGAGAAAUUGCUGUGCGCGCCCUCCAGCACGUCGAGUCACUCGUCUGUAUCUUCGAUUCCUCCUUCUGCGCUUGUUCAUUCGUCCAAUGCUUUAAAAUUGCCAAAGGCUACUGGAACGCGUCAACAUGCCUACCGCCGCAGCGAUACGUUUCGGAGACAACAUUCGGUGUCCUCCAUACAGAUACAUAGCGAUGAUGAGUCCGAUGAAUACGAGAUGUCGUGGCGUGGGAAAAAUCAGUGCCGUUCCAAAUUCCCCAUGUGUUCUCCGAGCUCGCCGCCAAAGAAACAGCUGCCGUACUAUUCACGUAGGGGAUCAGCCAGCAAGCAGAGAUUCAAAAGGGAAUAUCCGCUUGUUCUCCUGCAUUGUAACCUGCUUCCGCCUUCGCUUCCUGUCAUCGGUUAUACCGGAGCCCCCAACCAGAAGAUCCUAAAGGAAGCCCUACCUAUGAAGUACUACCGACGUUGGAAACUCCUAGAAGAAAAAGCCGGCUCAGGAGUCCUCCGUGAGCGGGGCGUCCUUAUCUCCCACCCAGAAGACGCCUACGAUCUUCUCGAGGAGCGACUACUCGAAAGCCUUGAACUCCAACAACCGCGUCUUCACCAUGGCCACUUCCUAGAACAACAUGAAUACGACUCCGACAGAGACGAUGGCGCAACAGAUGACGAGCAGGGAAAAGUAUGUCCAGACUGCGGUGUACGAGUCGUCACCUGCAAUGAUCAAAACCGGAAAUGGGAGAUCAAGGUGUUUGCGGCAAACGGGCUAAUGAAGGCUGGUGCGUGGGCUGCGGCUUGGAAGGAGAUGGAGAAGGUGGAUGUGGAGGUUGGGUUGUGGCUUCCGAGGGACGUGAGAAGGGGGCUUCAGAAGCGGUUGAUGGAGGAUGAGAGCGAACAUAAACUGCUUUUGGAGCCGAACGAACCGGUCGGUGAGGUGAACUGGGGGUCGCAUUCUCCGUCAGCACAAGAAGAGGCGCCGGGCCCAUUGACGGAGCACAGUUCUACUGCCAAUGAUUCUUCCCUUUCUCUUGCCUUAUCACCAGGAUCACACGGACAAGAGCAGGUCUCUUCGAAAAUCAAUCAAAAGUCAGCGGAGGAUAUCGACCUCCGAACAUUGCUAAUCAACUACAUUCGCGUGCUGGCUAGUGAUCGACGCAAUAUCACAAUUGGAAUUCUCAGUAUUUUUGUUGUGUUCCUGGCCAUCGGCAGUGUCCGGGUUCCAGCUUCAACUUCCUCUUCGGAACUCCAAGCGUUUCCAGAGGAGACGAUUGCCUUUGUUCCAACGUCCAUUGUGAGUAUGACGCAGCACCAAGCUGCGAGUGCAGCUACGUCAAAUGUUUUGGGUUCUGUUCCAACUUUUGUUGCAGACGAAGUGCAAAUCUCUUCGGCAGAGAAAAAAGGUACUGCAAGUUCUCAGGUUUCAUAUUUUGAGAUCCCCACUAGCUCUACUGAGCUUGCUCCUGCUUCUAUGCCUACUAUAGCCGAAUUACAAGAUCCGUCUGCAGAUGCGGAAGAAGCAGACACCACUGUCCCAAGUACAAAGAGUUCGGAGGGUUUCAACCAGCCUGGCACUGGGACACAAGAAGCUUCCGCCAGCUUUUAUCAGUCCAAAGAGCCUACGGUCGAUUUGAUGCAACAAAAAUCCGGUGAAGCAAGUGACAUGACUCGUACUGACCUAGAGCACCGACUCUGA